AUGAGGAAACCAAUGAGCUCCUCUGCCUCUCAUCAUCACUUUCUUCUUCAAAUCCUGCUCAUCUGUCUUCUGCAAGAUCCCUGUUUUGCUGAGAAAAUGCCAUAUAUCGUCUACUUGGGAUCCCACUCACAUGAUCCAGACUUGUCUUCUACUGAUUUUAAUGUCAGAAACUCCCACUAUGAGUUUCUGGGAUCUUUUCUGGGAAGUUCUGAUACAGCAAAAGAAUUGAUCUUUUACUCAUACACGAGGCAUAUAAACGGUUUUGCUGCGACUCUGGAACAAGAUGUGGCAGAGGAGAUAGCGAGGCAUCCCAGAGUGUUGUCGGUGUUCAUGAACAGGGGAAGGAAACUACACACCACAAGGUCAUGGGAUUUCCUUGGAUUAGAACAGAAUGGAGUGAUACCUUCCAGCUCAUUAUGGAACAAAGCCAGAUUUGGUGAAGACGUGAUUAUAGCCAACCUCGAUACAGGUGAGUUCCCUCAGUUAUCUAACAUGAUUUGAAUUUUUUUAAAAAUAAAUAUUAAAAAUUUUC